AUAGGAAAUCUGAGUCAUUGUCUUUAAACAAUAAAUUAUUGGUUUUAAAUCAUCGCCCAGUAUUUUUUGGUGGUUAAACGUUUCUCAAAAGAACAAAAUCCCUUGCCUAGCUGGUCGGCCGCGGCGUCCCUGGGGAAGACAACCACCUAGCAACCCCGGCUGACGCGUGACGCUGCGCCUUUAAUUCUCCCUUGAUAGGGAGGCGGAGAAUUUCCGCUCCCCUGCCCCUCUGCUGACUGGCGGCUGCUGUCACCUGUAAGGAGAGCACCGCGCAGGGAGGAUGGAGCCCAGCGUCCAUUGGACAGAAGGUAAAGGCAGCAACCUACCCUCUAAGGCUAGGCGCCCGGCAGGGGCUGGCGGAAGGUGCGGGCCGCGGCCCCCAGCGCCUGUUGCCGGGAUACACCGCCGCUCCACGGCGCGGGCGUGACCAAGGUCCAGCUUCGGGUGCACGUCCGCCCGCCCGCAGUGAAAGCGAUCUUGUGAGCUUGGGCGAGGCGGAUAUGACUCCCGGGUCCCCCGCUCCCGCGCGUCCCAGCUAAAGCCGCGGCGUCCCCGUGUCCCAGCAGCCGGGAACCGAGGGUCAGGGGGAGGGGGCGGUCCCGGCUCCCCCGCGGGCGCACACCGGCCAUGGCGCUAGCCGCCGCCGCCGCCGCCGCGGCCGCCGGAGUGAGCCAGGCGGCAGUGCUGGGCUUCCUGCAGGAGCGCGGCGGCAAGGUGCGCAACUCGGAGCUGCUGAACCGCUUCAAGCCACUCCUGGAUGCCGGCGACCCGCACGGCCGCGCCGCCCGCAGGGACCGCUUCAAGCAGUUCAUCAACGACGUGGCGGUGGUGAAGGAGCUCGACGGCGUCAAGUUCGUGGUGCUGAGGAAAAAGCCGCGGCCCCCGCAGGGACUGGCGCUGCUGCCCUCCUGCACCCCCAGCACCCCCGAAGCACCAGCGCCGCCGUCAAAGAUCACUUCUGUCUCACCGGGAGAAAACGCUACCCCGGAGGCUCCAUCCUUGGCCUCACCCCACUGGUCAGAGGAACCACUAGAGGACCUGGCCCCGCCAUCAGAGCCACGGGGCGCCCCUGGGGCCCGGGCCUCCGAGCCGACUCACCCGUCUGGAGAGUUGUUCUUAGGCUCAGUCCAGCAGUUAGGCGGACCCUCCGACCUCGGGGUUCCAGCCCCUGAGCUAUCCCAACCCUUCGAGGGGCCGUCCGCAGAAGUUGCCCCACCGUCUAGGGCACCAUCGGAGGCGACCUCGCCCGCAGCAUUACCGCCAGACCCUGAACCUGGGGUCCAGAUGACGAAGGGGCCGCCGCUCCCGCCACGCGCGCCGCAGCUGAAGCCCUGUAUGCUGCCAGUGCGCUGCGUCCCCGGUCCCACCGCGCUCAGGAUCCGGGCGGAGGAGCAGGGUCUGCGCCGGCAACUGUCGGAAGAACCGAGCCCACGGGACUCCCCGCCGCUGCGGCGGCGGCUUUCGGUGGAGGAGUGUGGCCCGGGCCUCAGCCUGGGCCCGGGACGUUCCCCGCACCUGAGGCGCUUGUCGCGCGCCGGCCCACGCCUGCUGAGCCCCGACACCGAGGAAGUGCCCGCCGCGCCGCCGCCGUCUGCCGUGCCCCUGGAGCCGGCGGAACACGAGUGGCUGGUACGAGCAGCAGGUGGCCGGUGGACCCACCAGCUGCACGGGCUGCUGCUGCGCGACAGCGGCCUGGCGGCCAAGCGCGAUUUCAUAUCGGGCUUCACGGCCCUGCACUGGGCCGCCAAGAGCGGCGACCGCGAGAUGGCACUGCAGCUGGUGGAGGUCGCGCGGCGUGGUGGUGCCCCAGUCGACGUGAAUGCGCGCUCGCACGGCGGUUACACGCCGCUGCAUCUGGCCGCGCUGCACGGCCACGAGGAUGCUGCGGUGCUGCUAGUGGCGAGACUGGGCGCACAGGUGCACGUACGCGACCACAGCGGGCGGCGCGCCUACCAGUAUCUGCGGCCCGGUGCCUCCUACGCGCUGCGCCGCCUACUCGGAGACCCAGGCCUACGCGGCGCGACAGAGUUCGACGCCGCUGGCGGAGGUAGUGGCAACCUUGCGGCCCGGCGUCCGGUACAGGUGGCCGCCACCAUCCUCAGCUCCACCACCAGCGCGUUUCUGGGCGUCCUGGCAGACGACUUGAUGCUCCAGGACCUAACCCGAGGCUUGAAAAAGUCAGGCUCCUUCAGCAAGCUCUUGGGCGCCUCGCCCAUGGUCCCGCGCAAAAAGACCAAGCCCCGUGGUGGCCUACCAGCCUUCUCAGAAGUCUCUCGUCGACCCACUCCAGGGCCAUUAGCUGGGCUAGUGCCUAGCCUGCCCCCCACAACCUGACAGUCCCUAGGGCUACGACCUGCUUUAUCUAAUCUGGCCCUACAGUCUAAGCCUGUCCAAGGCUGCGACCGAACACCCGUGGCCCUAUCCGUUUCCAUCUUCCACUGCCGUCCGACUUACCCCGGUGGGCCUGCUCCUCCAGCUUAUGUCUGAGACCUGCUCUGUCUCCAGAGAUGGGAUUAGAGAUCUCACGGCGAGUCUCCUCCGAGAAACUCCAGCAGUCAGGGCUGAACUCUGGAGGAAAGUUGAAAUUUAGGGUCAAAUGUUAAGGGGCAGCAGCUGGUCUGGCCCCUGAGUGAGUUAACCAGAUGUCCCUGCGUCUACACACUACCAAGCCAGAGCUAGAGCAAAGGUAGUGGGUCCCUUUAAAUAUUGGAUGAUGUUGGGUUGUUCGUCAGUUUUAAGAGUUGUGGUUUUGUAAUUUGAUGCUUUUAUCCUGUUUUUAAAUUGAAAUGAGGUAAAGCAACUUUCAUAAUAGUCUAGCCUUUGAAAUUCUAUUUUUCCAUUUUUAGGUAAAAUGCUCAUUUUCAAUCUUUUGCUAAAUAUUUUGGAAUUAUAUUUAAAAAAUAGAUAAUCAAGAUCUAAAGGAAAUUAGUCCCAACUAAGGAAACCCUUAAAAUUUAUCUACCUCAUUUUAGGCAAUCUCAAAGAUUCUGGAGAGUCUUGAACACAGAAUAACCAUUGUGGCCAUUGUGAAUGUAAUUAAUUUAAUAGUACUGUGAAUGCUAAAUAUUAGGAAACAAGAACAUUUUGGGAAUAAAGCUGAUUUGACAGAGGGGAUAGGGACAUUUGGGCAAAUACUUUUUUACAUGUGAUUGUCUUGAUGGUGAAAUAUAAACAUUCAUUUUUGGUACCACUGGGUGAUUAUUUUGAUUUGGCAUGAGUACCUAAAUAUAUUUUUUUAAAAGUGUGACAUAUUUGUGAUUGCACCUUUUUGCCAUGCUUCUGAAUUUGUGGUUCUCAAAUGUGCCUGAGCCUUUCAGUGCAGUAGGUGAAUAUUCAAAGAAAAAAAAUGUUAUAGCAUUCCAUCAGAAAAUUAACUGGUUAAAUAUUAAUGGCUAUAGUUAAGGAACAACUAUUUUAUAUAAAAGUUCUGUACAAACAAAAAGUAUGUGAUAUCUAUUUUAAAAAGCCGUUCAAAAGCAACCAACUUCUUAUUCCCUAAAAGCAAAUUCAGACCUCUUUACCCAGCUGAUUUAACUUCGCUAGACCUUUGUUCUUGAUCUGUAAAUGGAGAAGUUUCGCAGAUACUGCCAAGAUUUCCCAGGCUCAACACAGUGUAAUUUAAUGGCACUUCUUCUUUUUUUAAAGAUGUGGAGUCUAUUUGCUCAACAAACUUUUUUUAAUGUAUUGUGAUAAUGCUUUGCUUUUGCAAAUUGUGUUUGCAUGUCAUUAGUUGUAUCAAAUGGGUUUGUGUGUGUCUGUGUGGCACAGGAUAAUGGGGCUUUACUUUCCCUCUUCCAUAUAUAUCAUUGAGGCCUUUGAAAUUAUUUAAGGCAAUCCAUGAAAUGUUUGUUUUAAGCAUUGGAAUAAACAGUACCCCAUUUUGUUCCAA